CCUAGACGUACAGUACAAGCCCUCAUGAUAUCAUAUUCUCAGCGAUGGCUCUAAAAAUACGAUUCCGAUUGGGAUACUUUUCAUAUUUUACAUUUAUCGUAUUUGUAAUUGCAUUAUGCAGCUUCUAUGUAAGUGUUCAACAAAGAGAACAUUUCUGUAUCAGAUAUGAAGACCCUCCAAAUCAGCUGCCACCAGAAACAUGCCAGAAAAUAAGAGAAAUAAUCCUAAACUAUUCACUGACAACAAAGAACAUUGAGAUAUUAAUUAAAAAAGCUUCUUCUGAACUUCAAAACUGCCCAUGGAUUCCCAACUCAAAUAACCUUAAGGAGAUAAGAUCAGAACUUUACAAUUGUUGUAACGCCAGAAGUGAUUUGCUGUUAACCCAGAACAACACCCAUCUUGGUUAUAGCUUAAGUUUUGAGACUGAGGCAAAAAGAACAAUUCAAAUUAAUAAAAAAAUCCAUGAAAUGCUACCCAAAGUAUCACCAUUUUCAAAAAAGCUCUAUAGGCAGUGUGCUGUGGUUGGAAAUGGGGGCAAUUUACUGAACAGUUGCUGUGGCUCGGAAAUUGACAAGGCAGAUUAUGUUUUUAGGUUCAAUUUGCCACCCAUGAAUUAUUCAUUCGACACUGGAUCUAAGUCAGAUGUUGUUACUGCAAACCCAAGUAUUUUUGUAGCAAGAUUUUCAAGUUUGAAUGAAUUGAGAAAACCAUUCACUGAUAUGAUGAAGUUCUAUGGUUCAGCUUUAAUCCUCAUACCAGCAUUCUCGUUUUCGGCAUAUAUGGAUGUGUCAUUUAAAGCUUAUUAUACUGUGAAAGAUCUUGGCUCAGAACAAAAAGUAGUAUUUUUUAAUCCAAAUUACUUGAAAAAUUUGCAUCUCUACUGGAAGAAAAAAGGUCUUAAUGUUAAAAGACUUUCCUCUGGCAUCAUGCUGGUUAGUUCUGCCUUGGAAAAUUGUGAGAAUGUGACACUUUAUGGAUUUUGGCCUUUCUCUCAAGAUCAAGAAGGAAAACCAAUUUCCCAUCACUACUAUGACAACAAUCUGCCUAAAUCCAUUUUUCAUUCCAUGCCCAAUGAGUUCUUUUUUUAUGUCCAGAUGCAUAGCAUGGGAAUUCUGAAACUGAAAGUAGGAAGAUGUUACUGAACUGAAGUAUCAACAUUUUUAACCCUUUGGCUGCUAAGCCAUUUCCUACCUCGGUGCUAAGCUAGCUUUGAGCUUUUUGUUGCAAUUCACAUUUGAACAUUUUUAGAAGUAAAGUUUGUGUGAAUAAACUAUACAAACUAUAUAUUGUUUUUUCAGCAGACCUAGCAGAUUCCAAAUAUACCAUUAUUAUAUGUGUAUGUCUCAACAGGUUUUAAAAUAAAAGCAUAAAAUAUGAAAAAAAA